UGAAUCCAUACGUCGUUAGGUCAUCUGCAUGUACCGGAGGAGUGAGUUAUCAGUCCCCGCCCCGGCACUUCAAUCCAACCUGAAGACAGGGCGAGUCAGCGGCUACAAAUAUAACUGCUAACACAAGAUGGCCGGUUUGCCUCGUAGGAUUAUAAAGGAGACACAGCGGUUGAUGGCAGAGCCCGUCCCGGGGAUCACAGCUACGCCCGAUGAAGGCAACGCACGCUACUUCCAUGUGGUUAUCGCGGGGCCCCAAGACUCUCCAUUCGAGGGAGGCACUUUUAAACUUGAACUAUUUCUUCCAGAAGAGUAUCCCAUGGCAGCUCCCAAAGUGCGAUUCAUGACCAAAAUCUAUCACCCCAAUGUCGACAAACUGGGAAGAAUAUGUUUAGACAUUUUGAAAGACAAGUGGUCUCCAGCUCUGCAGAUCCGCACAGUGUUGCUAUCUAUCCAGGCAUUAUUAAGUGCCCCCAACCCAGAUGACCCCCUGGCAAACGACGUUGCAGAGCAGUGGAAGAAAAACGAAAGCCAUGCCAUUGAGACAGCCCGAACAUGGACCAGGCUCUACGCGAGCAACACUGAAGUAUAGAAGAAGAGGGAAGAGGCUUCUGAAUGUGAUCCACAAAAUGUACUCCUAUUCUGUCAACCUUUAAAUUUAACGGACACAUAAAAAAAGAAAUAAGUCCAAAUAUAUUUGAAAGAAGUGAUGAGAUUUACUGCUGCAGACCCCUGGGUGACUUAUUUUCCUCUCUUAAGACGUGUUAAAUGUGUGUUAGCCUUUAUUUUUGUUUUCUCUUUUUUUUUUUUUCUGUGUUGCUAUUUAAAUGCAUGGAGAAGCAUCAACACCCUCCCCAUGUCUUAAAGUACAUGCAAUAUGUUGUCCUGAGCUAGUCACAGACUGGUACGUUUGCAAAAAAUAUUCAUUAAAGUUUUUUUUCUUUUAACAAACCCAUUUGUCAACAUAUCUGUAUGUCUUUUUUUGUUCAAGCAACAUCUGGAGUGGAACUAUUCAUUUUCCCACUAGAAGUUAUGAGAUGAGAGAUCAUGGGAUACUUGAAUCUGAAGUUAAUAAAAGGGGCGUCUGCAAAUUUUAGUAGAAGUUGGUCAAACUGAAUGAUUUAACGCAAAAUUGGUCCCUGACAUAAAACUGUAACCUGACGAAUCAGGCCAGCAUCGUUCUCAGCAUCUUACAACUCAGAUUUUGUUUAAAAUGAAACUGUGAUCUGAACGCAUAUUUGCCAUUUUUAUCCCUCUGCAUUUAAAAACUAAUCAAUUAGGCAGUUUCUGCGAUCAGAUUGGAUAUUUGAACGUCUGCAAACUGGAUAAUCAAAGGUAACUGGCAGUCAUAGAACCAGAUGCAACCUGUUCUUUUUUUGUGCUCCGUAAUAUUUUUGGACUGAGCAGAGUAAUUUAACGUGCUUUAAGUCAUUCCCAACACCUAGAACGAUGGGAGUUGGACAUUUUCUCUGGGUAGAAAAAGAUUGUUUAGAAGUGUUGAAAAUGACAUUUUUGCUUUAGCUGCCUGUCCAGCUUCUUUCUCAGUUUCCAUCAGACCCAAACAGAUCAGAGCAACAUAAGUCAAUUUAUAAGGGUGUUCAUUUUCUUUUCCUUUUGAGUCAGUCACGCUUAUUUCUCAUCUGUCUGUGAUACCAGUCUUGAUUAUGCAAGUGCAUUUACUUGAUUAUGGAGGGGAGAAUAAGGUCAGUUUGGUGGCAAAUAAAAGGUUACAAAAAAAACAUUUCCUCAACUAACGGAUUGUGUGUGGGAUGAAGAAACUUGUCAACAUCUAGCGCAGGAAACUGAAUAAUUGCUGUGGUCAGAUUGUAUCUCAACAGACUAAAUUGUAUUGCUUCAGUAUCUGAUUUAGGAGUUGCAACAUGUUGUAAAAUAAAUUUUUUGUUUGGGAGAAAGAGGGAGUUACUGUCCACUAGUUGUUGCUUAGAUGUGUCAUCCAGUUACUAACUGCUAUGUUUUCUCUAGCUUAAAAGAUAAAGGAUGGUCUUUAAACUUUAAUUUAUUGUUUAACCAGCAGGAGUUUAUGGUAGGAAACGGUUCAAGCAGCUAGAUGGAAAAUAUUUGAGAUCAAACUGAUAAAUUAGCUCCCCAUGUAUACUGAAAACAAGGAACUCUGUCAAUAAUGAGUACAUUUGCUUACAUGGCUCUUCACACAUGCUGUAAAUAAACUGAGUUGAGUAAGUAA